GACAAGUUCGCCCUCUCGCCCUUCUUGACAUCCGUGGAGAUCUUCUGGCCCAAAGAAUGGAACUCAACGGUGUUCCUUGCGGUGGAUGCUGGGCCGAAGGACGAAAUGCUCUGCUCUGAAAUUGUGGGCCGUGCCAAGUGCAUUGUGCCAGAACCGGUCUUUCGGGAAAAUACUUGGUCGAUUCGCUUGAGCAAAGCGGUAGAUCUACAAGCCGCCGGUACCAUGAGCAGUUGCUUCAACAUCAUUAUCUCUCGUCUGACCA